GUCGUUUGGAACAGGUUGGCAGCACCAGUCUGCAUUUCACUGCGACGACCAAAUGGGACUGCUAGUGGUUCCGUCGAUUCUUCUCGUGGGGUGGAGUGCUUUGUGGGCGCCGCCAUCCUUUGCGGCUGAUGUGUGUACGGACCCUCGGCAAACGUGCGAUCUCAACACGGCGUGCGCUCUUGACCCAACUCAAUUGCCCACCGGGAUGAAGUCGUUCUGCGACCUCGCGACGACUGUGUCUCCGUGCAAGCAGUGCACGGCGAGUGGCCAAAACUGUUUCAAUGCUCCCGAGUGCCAAGACUCCAUGUUCUUAUGCAACUACCUCACGGCGGCGCAAAAAGCCGCGCUGCCGUCACACCAUCCUUGCCUGAAUGUGCCGUGCCAACUGAAUACGAACAGCCCGGCUUGCUCUAGCAACGUGUACGAGUUUUGCUGCGUCCCUGGUGCACCCAACUGCACCAACACGGCCCCGUCGGGGUGUACACCGAGUGGGUGCAGCUCCUUCAUGACGGGCACGUCGGCGACGGUCGAAUACGCCAAGGUCCCGUGUCCAUUUGGAGACAGCGCGUACACAUGCACCCACCCAGAAUGCAACAACACGUUUAUCUUUCAAGACAUCGUCAACACGUUUGCAGCCAACCAAGGAUGUUCCAGCGACCAAUGCAUCUCGAAAUACAUUCCGUCCGUGUGCCAACGCGGCGCAAGUGUCACCAACACACUCAGCGCCAACAAACUCGCAUGCACGAACCGCCUCGUUUCGUUUUGCACGGCCAACCCGACGGAUCACGGAUGCCGCGCCCUUUGUCCAUACUCUUGCACGUCGCAGCCCCACUGCCCUUGUCGGAACGACGCAUGCGCGGCCGUGUACAAGGCUCCGCUGUGCGUUCGCAACACGGGCGUGUGCGCGACGUUCCGGGCUUCGUUCAAAGCAGAGAUGUUUCGCCAGCGGUUUUUCCAGCCGAAAUCUGGCAACCUCGCCUAUGCCAAAAACAACGCGGGGCCCCCUACAUCUCCCUUCGUUUGGUCCCAAGCACUCGUCGACGCCAAAGCGAGCUGCAACUCGGUCGUCCCCAACUUGGGCGACGACAUUGCCGCCUGUGUCCAGACGUCGUUUGCAUUUUGCAAUGCCAAUCCAUGGCAAACGGGCUGCCAAACCGACUUGAGUACGUGUGGCGAUGGAUACGUGUCGUGGUUCGAGUCGUGCGACGAAGGCAACGAGACAGCAUCCGGUGGGUGUGACGCGAUGUGCCGCACCGCUCCUCGCUGGGAAUGCUACCAGCAAGGGACGCAAUGCAAGCGUUGCAUUCACGCGACGGGAUACAAAGUCGACGGCGCCAACCCAACGUCCAUGUGCCCAUUCUGCUACAAUCUUCUCAAAGACUUAACCUCACCAUGCGCGUCCGCAUCGUUCAACUCAGUGUCGACAACGCCAGCCGCGGCCCUUGCAUCCGACAACUACGUGGCACGGUACUGCGCUGCGAUUGCAGCGAAUGCGACGCUUCGAGACCCUGGCUGCGACGCCUACGUGAACCAGACCCAAGCGAAUACUGUGUCGACCGUCGCGUCCUCGUGCGAGUACAGCAUCCGCAACGUGUCCAUCAACAUUCCACAGCUAUACUCGCUCAAGUUUGCGAUCUUCACGUGUCGGUUCGUUGAUCCGAUGGGCCUAAAACCAGAUACGACGCCCAAGUAUUUGUUUUUGAACCCGCUGGACGCGCUGUCGAGCACGACCAAGGCCCAGCUGACGGCCAAGGCGUCGGCUGCGCUGUACACGUUGUACGGCAACCGACCGAGCAAACUCUACUCGCUGCGAGACUUGCGCUUGAGCGACUACUUUCCAUACACCGAUCCGAAUGUUUUGGUGAACGGCGACUUGUUACCGAUGCCCAGUCCACUGGGCCGCCUCGCCUUUUUUCCCAAUGGCACCAGCAUCUCGUACGAUUGCAGGACCUUUCCGUACAAUGUGGGGCUCAUUGCGCUGCCCCCGACGAAGAAUCCCCUCCAGUGGGCGGUCAAGGCAACACUGAUGCGGUUGAAGUUCAUGGCUGUCAACACGGACGACGCUUCCAUUUCGGAUUUUGCCUCGCUCUUCCCCGACGUUCUCGACGCUGAUACAUCUCCCGUGGACGGGACUUUGCAGUUUGCCCACCUCGUGGGGCGAUCAGUGCAAGAUGUAUCGACGGGGGCCAUCACGGACUUUCCAACGAUGGUCUGCGCUGGUUCUAAUUGCCUCAACGCUGAAGAAUCGAUCAAGAAAGGACUCGGGCGAAUCCACCUGCGAUCGCAACUGUUUGACAAUUCGUGCGCCGAUUCGGACAUCGCGUGCAAGUAUCCCGUCGACAAGUGUCGCUACGUCCCCCUCAAACCGAAGAGUCUCGCGCUGGACGCGAAUAUAAUCCGGGCCACAUCCAAGAACGUUGUCGCCAGCAUGAACAAAAUUGCCAACGCGGCAACGAAUGAAGCCGCGAUGCAAGGGUUUCUCGACGUCGCGAUGGCGGCUGCGACCGAAGUGUUUAGUGACACAGAGAGUCUCUUUUGGGCGGCAGUGUCGACGGGCUCGCAGCCCAAAGUGCUCAAGAGCGUGGCAAACUACUGCGGCGUCCGCAAAUACCUGACCAACUCGUCACUGAACCCCGCAUGGCUGUCGAGUCCGUGCUGCAACAGCGCGCUGGCGGAUUUUAUGUGCUGUCUGCCCAAGGACGUUCCAAACGGGUCGAUCAAUGUCAUCUCGGGCAUCCAAAAGGACGUAAUUGCGGCCAACUGCCCGUUGAAUGCCGACUCGAUGCUGUCGUUUUUGAAUGGCGCGUACGUCGGCCUCACGGGCGUCCAAACGGCGGUGAAUUCGCUCAACGCACUGGCCAUGAAGAACAAUGCGUGGGAGACGGUCGAAGCUCUGCAAUUCGAAUGCCAUGCAUCGCUUAUCAACGCUUCCAGCACGGCGUGUCAAUCGGACGACGACUGCACUGCAUGCCAGUACAGCCAGUGCCGCAUCGACCCGGCAACGAUGGUCGGAAAAUGCACGGUGCCGUGGAACAAAAUGAUCGAGUGCACCGUCGACUGCCUCGCCAGCUCGCUGGACCCCCUCGUCCUUCGUUACCUCCAAGACGACUGGAACCUCACGUCCGCCAACACGACCGCCGACUUGACGAAAGCAUUUACCAAGUACACCGCUGACAUGGGCUGCACAGGUCCCAUGGCCAACUCGCUCGACGUUGGCAAGACCACGUCCAAAUACGUGUGCAACUCGACGUGCGAACUGGCCAAAAUGUGCGAGGACAAGGACUACCAGUUCUACUUGCGCCGGGCGCUGAACAAUCCGCUCCUCGACUUUGGCGUGACAGCCACUUGCACCAGCAAUGGCGGGCGGCGUGUCUGCUCGGGCUACGACGCCAACGGAAAUUGCCAGCAAUACAGAUGCACGUUUGACAUCGUUCAGAGCGGGUGCAAAGAUGAAUCCCAGUGCAUUGCCCAGUGCCAACUCCCUUUGACCCCCGGGGGGUGCAAGGUUUCGCAAGGACGGUGGUACGUGGACGCGACUGGUGUCGGUCGCUGCUGUCCCCCGGACGCUUACUUUUACGACGGCAAUUCCACCAUACCCCCAGUGUGCACGUACCAACUGCCCAACGCCCCUGCAUUGCCCUAUCAGCUGCGCGAUCCGCUUUGUUGUGCUGCGAACAACGGGACGUGGUUUAUGGUGGACGACAGCACUGGAAGCUGCUGUUUUGGGCGGAUCAUUACCAUCCAAAACAGUGGCGUGAGUCAGCUAGCGUGCCAGACCAAGAUCGAUGGCUGGGACGUGUCGUCGUGCCUUGCCACGUGCGCCACGUCGUUUGGGACGAGCUGCACGGCAUGUCAAACCACGAGUGCGCGGACGGAUUGCUGCUCGAUCCAAACGACCAGCGCCAAUGCGACGGCAUGCCUGGCGAAGAAAGCCUGCAACAAUUAUCUUUUGUCCUCGGCGAAUUGCAACGACCCGACUCCAUUUUGCGCCAAGUGUACCGGCAAGAACUGCGUCAGCGUCACGCAGCCACCAACGUGUCUGAUCGACGCGUCCACAGCGUCAGCGUGCACGUCGUUGGGCGGAACGUGGAACGCCGCGACCAAGCAGUGCGCGGCUCUCACUGGCAACAACAUUGCCGCCGCCGACUGCCUUCGCACCGACCUGUGCCCCAGCGCGACCAACUUUACAGCGUUUUACACCGUCGUCCCAUUGUACCCUCGUCGCACGACGCGGUGUCUGCGUGGGUGCUACCUGCCGUCCGUCGCUCGAUCGACGUGUCUUGCCAACUCCCAGUACAUGUGGGACUCGACCCAUGGCAAUGGAGCUGGCAUUUGCGUCGGGCGCCGCAACAUCAUCACGACGGCUGCAUCGUGCACGACGGCAGGCGGCAUCUUCUUGAACGCGACCAAGUCGUACUUUCCUGGGGCGUUUACCACGGAAGACCAGUGCAACCAAGGAGGCUGCGUCGGAAGCCCCAUCAACGACGGAUGGAGCUCGGCGCAGUGCCUCAGCACCUCGUACGGGUCGUGCGACGUGCAAUGCAACCUGUGCACGACGCAAACACAGCCGUUUGUCCAGCAAAGCCUCGGCGCGUGCUUCAGUACCGAUGCCGCAUACUGCACCGGAAUGAACAUCGCCUCGACCCCCUGCUUAGUCGUCGACGCCACAACGUCUGCGUUGUGCGCAUCGCUCACGUCGACGGUGUGGCGAACAUGCUCGCAGUACACGACGACAUCGACGUGUGGCAACGCGACCGACCCGUUUGCAUCGACGCUCAAGUGCAUGUGGACCGCCCAAACGUGCCCGACACGCGCCCAGUGCCUUGCUCAAGGCAAGUGCGACGACUUUGAAAACAUGCGACAGCAAUGCUUGGACUCUGGUUGGACUUUUGGCGACACGUGCUUUGCGUUUGUCGCGUCGAAUGCGACGUCGGCGAUGCAGUCGAGGGUGUGCACCAACUGCAACCGCAUCAACGGCGUGUGCGUCGCUCCAGUGACGGCCUCGACACCUUGCCCCGUCGAACAGGCACACCCCAUGGGCUGCCGCGUGUACGACGUCACAACGAGCGCGGUAUGCACGGCGAGAGGGGGAACGUGGUACACGCGCGCCACGACCAAAUCGCAGUGCCUCAACACGAAAGCCUGCAUCGAUCCUGUCACGGGGGUCAGUUCCAAACAAAACGCGACCGAGUGCGCGAGUUGCAAAGGGAAGAUGUCGUCCCUGUUUUCGUGGUGGCCUGGCAAUUGGCAAAGUCCGCGCGUCGAACCCUAUGUGUGGAAUUCCAAUGGCGCCCAACUCACUACUGUGAACGAGUGGAAGCCGACAAUCUCCGACGCCAAGUUGACGGAUGCGUUGGCCCGCCCCAUGAUUCGACGCAUGGCGACCAUUCAAGCCCAGAAAGCGCUCGUCUUGUAUAACUCGAUGACUGAAGUAAUGGCGACUCUGGCUUGUGCGUGCGGCGUCGGGGCGUCAUCGUCGUGCUUUACAAAGAAUCCCACCGGCGCUUUGGUUGCCCAGACCAAAGUCUUUUGUGGGUUGACGUACACUGCCAACACUGGUUUCUCCAUCGCCCAAGUGUCGGCUGCUUGCCCAGAGUCGACCCCGACGGAGCGGCGCCGGCUUACUGAAAGCGCCGAGACAGCGACCAUCAACUGGUUCACAUACCCUCUUGCUUCGUUUGUCCUUUUUCCGCUCGUGCCCAAGUGCAAUUCGUCCGAACUGAACCCGCUGGUAGUCACAUCGACUCACGGACUCGUGUAUGGGCAGCUCCUCGGGUCUGGCCAACGGUUCGAAGUCGCCAAUGGUGGCCUAGUCGACUCGGUCGACCUCUGCCUGCCGAUGUCAUUCAAUGUGCAUUCGUGGGACGAUCUCUUCGACGUUGUCGACAUCGCGAUGUACGAAGACGGCGUAUUCACCCCCCUCCACUUGCAAUCCUUCCUUCCAUCAACUGCAGAUCAAGUGUGCUUUCAAGCUCUAGCCAACACGUCGUACUUUCCGAUCAAACGCGCCAACGUCACUGGCAUCGAGACGAUGGCCUGCCCGCUCUCGUGCAGUAGCAACACAAGCAUCUGCGUGUACAAUGCAACUUCCCAAGCAGCCGAAUGUGUCUGCCGCUGUGGGGCGUCGGGGCCAACGUGCUCGUUUGGCUGUGACAAUGGUGUGUGCGCUUGCAAAGACGGAUUUGGCGGGGCCGACUGCACCACGCCCCUGUGCCCAACAGGGUCUUCUUUGUUCGCUCCUUGCUCGAAUGCGGGCAUUUGCAAUCCGAAUGGAACGUGUACGUGCAAUGCAAACAUCGGGGGAGAGGCGUGCGACGUCCCCAUGACAACGACAGCAUCUCCCACCACUUCUACUGCCCCAAGCACCACUUUGGUACCUGCUACCGCCACGAAGGAGGUACCUGCUACCACCACGGCGGCCCCAACGCCAACUCCCACCAAGAGCACGGCCUCGCCUUCUUUGCUUGUCAACGUUGCUGGCACACUUCUCAUUGCAGCUUUAUUUCUUUCGGCGUAAAUAAUGCUAUCGCCUGUUGUAUUCAAA